AUGAUCAGUUCAAUGUUUCGAGCGCAGCGACAUCUAUCGUCACUAUCGCGCAUGGCUAUCAUAUUGUUGAUGAUAGUAUCUGGCAUACUCAUCAUCCUCAAUCUGACAGAGACACCUCUCCCUACCCUCCCCAAAAUCACACUUCACUAUGCCAAUCAAUCCAUAUUCAACCAAUCCAAGGUCGCUCUUCUCAUAGAAAACAGACCGCAACCCAUCAUCGCCCCUCUGAUUCUAAAGUUCAUGUAUCAAAUGCCACCAGACUGGACGUUCCGCUUCAUGGGCUCCAAUGAGUCAGUAGCCCACGUGAACUCCUCCGCCGCUAUGCGAGAGCACGUCAAGUCUGGAAAACUAGAUUUGACGUACAUCCCCUCAAAUAUGAGCACUGCUGGACAAGAGAUGAUAUCUCGUUUCUUGACGAACUUAUGGUUGUAUGAUACUGUGCUACAGCCAGCUGAGAUGUUACUCGUCUUUCAGACGGACUCGAUACUCUGCGCCAACAACAAACACACUGUUGAUGAGUUUCUGGGAUAUGACUAUGUCGGGGCACCUUGGGAUACAAGAGGGCGCUACGGUGGCAAUGGAGGACUAUCGAUCCGUCGGGUAAGCAGUAUCAUCAGCAUCCUGCAGAACCAACAGCGCGCCAACGAUAGCGAUCCCGAGGAUGUCUGGCUCUCAACGCGUCUUGGUCAUCACAUUGAUGGUCGAGUCGCAAAUGGCUCUGUGUCUCAGCUCUUUUCAGGGGAAAUGAACGGCGGGCCUGGGAAGGUAGUACCCGUGCCGAGAUGCAAAGGCGACUAUGAUGAAGAAGAGUGCGAGCAUGUGAACAUGAUGAAGCAGAUGGAGCAGCCUGGAAGACCGGGGCAGUGGGUGAAAGGUAUAGAUGAUUGGCGCGAUGGGUCUUAUGAGCCUAUGGGGUAUCAUAUUGGUGGAACGGGAUGGAUGCAUGGGAGUAUAUGGGGGACGAAAGUGAGGCGGGAGCAUAUUUACUCUUAUUGUCCUGAGGCUAAGAUGGUGCUCGAGAUGGAUUGGGCGCCGUUUGUACCAGGGGAUUGUGCGAAGGAUUGGUAA